CGCCAUAGUUGAGUAAAAGUCAUUUUCAAAUAAUUUGGCGGAAAAUUCCACCGGUUUUCCAAUGAUCGACGUAUCUGAGGAUGCCGAUUUAGCCUAUGCCCUAAGCUUACAAGGAGAGCUCGAUCAAGAACAGGAGAACGAAGCUUCAACCCACAAUUCGUUGGUUCUUUCCAAUUCCCGCAAGAACGCUAUUUCUAGACCAGUGUCAGUUGUGGAUGAAUCUUGGGAACUUAUUGAUCCUAUACCGGACAUACGGCAAUUAUUUCUUCAAUUUAAUGAUGCUUACUUUAAAGGAAUUUUGGCAUCUGUAGAAGUGAAGUGGAGUCCACGGAUGACGUUAUGCGCUGGAUUAUGCUGUUAUGAAGGCAGAGGGGGAUUGUGUUCUAUCAGGCUCAGUUCACCUUUACUCAAGCUGCGUCCAAGAAAAGACUUGGUGCAAACAUUACUGCAUGAGAUGAUCCAUGCUUUGUUGUUUGUGACACAAAAUAACAAGGAUCAUGAUAGUCAUGGACCAGAGUUCCAUAAACACAUGCAUAGGAUAAAUGCAGAAAGUGGAGCAAACAUAACUGUGUAUCAUAAUUUUCAUGAUGAGGUAAAUGUAUACCGUCAACACUGGUGGCAGUGCAGUGGACCUUGCCGCAGGAGACCACCUUAUUAUGGGAUUGUUAGGAGAGCGAUGAAUAGAGCUCCAUCCCCAAGAGACACUUGGUGGACAGACCAUCAGCGAACAUGUGGUGGGACCUACACGAAAAUUAAAGAGCCAGAAAAUUAUGGUGCAAAAAAAUCUGGUAAAGCAAAACAGGGAAGAAGAGAAAUAGAAGCAGGAGCAACCAAGACCAAGGGACAUGUACUUGGUGGAGGUAUUUCUGGAACAUUGCCGAGAUUUUUUAAACGCAAAACAAGAGACAGUGAUGAUAAUAGAAGUAAUUCUGAACAUGACCAAGAGAUGGUGAAACGGAAAAAGAAAAGCCUUGGUGGUGAUAGUGAUGUUGCUUUAUCAGUUCAUAAUGAAGACAUGAAAUCAAAGGUUCACCAGCCAGGCUCAUCAAGGUGGAAUGCAGACGUGAUACCAUUCUCUGGACCUGGCAGAACGUUAGGCUCAAGCUCUGAUGAUCAGAACUAUAAGACGGGAACUUUGUCAAACCAAAAGGACUCAAAGACAUCUACUACGGAAUCUAAGAAACCGGCUUUUAUCGAGAUUAAAACACCGUCACCAAGUAAAACUAAAACAAGCUCUUCACCAACCUUCACAAUUGUGGAUGCUUUUCAAAGAGCUAAGGAUAAAAACAAGAGUUGCAAAAGCAGUAAUAAUAAUGUGACUAGACCAGUUUUGGGAUCCCAGCAGAAGCCAAUUGAGUUAACACCAGAUUCCCCUGGUUCAUCUGUGAGAGAAGGUAAAAGUUCACACAGUGACCAUUCGAACUCAUCUGAUACAGUACAAUGUCCUGUGUGCCGAACAUUAAUUUCAAAUAGCAAGAUUAAUCAGCAUCUUGACUCUUGCUUACAAUGAUUUAAUGAAAAAGCCGCUUUUAAACUGCUGUAUGAUUCUUUAGUUCACGUUAAUUGUUACAGAGAAUCUUAUAGAGUAGUUGAUUGAUCCAAGGUACUCGCGCCAGGCUCUUGGCCAAUCAGAUGCAAGACGAAAGCCGAACGCGCCGUAGUCAGUUCCCUUUUACCACGCUUCUGGCAGUUUGCUUCGUUUUACUUUUGAGUUUCUACGAAUUUUUAUUUCUUGCUUCUUUACUUUAUAGUGCGAGAUAGAGCCAAAAAUACUGGAAAUGCGUAUCAGAUCGCAAAGAGAAACCAUAUAUUCAAUAAAUAUGAAUUUUUUAAACUUA